AUGGCCUCCGACACCAAGUACGACUCACGCCUGGAAGAGGGACUGCUGCCUAUCGACGAGAAGAGGGAUUCUACCUUUUCCAGACCGUCCAAGGAACCUACCAAGAAGAUGGCUGGCCCACGCCGUGUCCUGCUCGGCGUUGUUGUGUGCGGCUUGAUGACCCUCAGUCUUGCUUCAGUCAUCGGUCACCGGGGCAUGCCUUGUGCAAGGGACCAUCACGCCAAAGCCCAGGUUGUGAUCAGUGAGGAAGACCUCAACAACCCUGCCAAGGCCGAUCUCCUCCACAAACUGCUCCAUGCCUACUUCCCAGACAGGUAUCAGGAUGGCGUAUACGCCUCUGACAAGGAAGCUUUGGAGGCUGUCCAGGCUGAUGAUGCCGACCUGGCCUCUGCCUUGCUCCAGCUGGCCAAGCGUCAGGACAACACCACGACCUCUGCUGCUACCGAGGCUUCCCAGACGCCUUCCGCCAGUGUAGCCGCCACAACUUCUGAGUCUGUGGCCAACACGCCGACCUCAGCCCCGGCUACGUCCGCCGCUGAGCCUACCACAUCUGCUGCUCCCGCAGAGACGACUACAUCUCAGGCGCCGGCCGUCCAGACGACCACGACCACGGCCCAGCAGCCGCAGGAGACCACUACCCCUCAAACCACCACCACUCCAGCUCAGGAGACGACUACUACGACACCGGCAACUUCAGCAGCAGCCCCUACUACUGAGCAAAACACUCGGGAGACCACCACCGCGACCACCUCGCGCAGAACCACCACCUCGUUCAGCAACGUCCUCUCCACCUUCACUUCCACCGCCUCUAACGGCGACGUCGUGCUCGUGACGGCGACCUCCGUUGUCGCCGUGGCCCCCGACGCCGAGCCGACUUCCACCUCCGGAAGCGGCGGCAGCGGCGGCCUUCAGAACGGCGCCGUCCCCAUCGGCAGCGUCUCCUUCGGCGUGCCCGUCGCUCUCGCCGGAUUCGUCGCCGGCGCCAUGCUUCUGCUUUAA